UCACUGCUUUUCCUGUUUUGCUAGUAUUUACUAUUCGAAAAAAUCAACGUUUUUUUCCUCCACUGUGUAACGCGACUACUGUAAAAUAUACAUGUAAUAUAUGAUAUAUAAUAUAUACUGUGUAAAACAGCAGUAGUAUAUAGAACAGCAUAACUGGAGUUCGUAGUUCUGUCGUUAGCAUAUAAGUGCUUGUUCUGUUAGAAUGACUUCCUGUACAUGAUAGGAGGUCCUCUCCUUUCCUGCUUUAGUUUAGUUCCGCUUCGUCCUCCAUUAUAGAGAAGAAAACUGGAAUUAACUGGAGCUGAUUUGUCCCAAUGAGAUAAACAUUCGGCGCAUUUCCUGAAAUUUUAUUUCAGAUUUCACUUGCCAUUAAGUGGCUGGUGAAAUCUGAAAAAGCUAAGGGUAAAGCUUGUAGUAGCACGCCCCCUGUCGGACAAGACGUGUUAACACAUGACUUCUGUGAGAUUUGGAUGUUUUUUGAAAUGCUCGAAGAAGGCCGCAUGGAGUAUGGAUUUGCAGUACAAAUACAUCUGCAGGUUUUGGCUCAGCGUGCAGGUCGUUUUGGCGUUAGAUUCGGUGAGACUCCUGAACCCUCCCGAGGACCUUCUUACGGGUCAUGCUGCGCUUCAAGUUCUCUACUCUUGUGACGCACCUGCCUUGGUGAGACUGGAUUGUGUGGUGACCUUUGACGUGGGAAACAUCUCCACCUCCCUGCUACGGCAAUGGAGGUGCAUACCUGGAAAAUCCAAGACAAGGACCCUGCGGGUGAAUCUCCCGGAUUGGUUGGUUUAUCAACCGGACGGAAUAGUCCCGGCUUCUCAGUGGGUGUUGAGCUGCAUCCUUCGAGCGUCGGUGAGGUACCAGAAAGCCGACGCGUGGACGGUCUCGGCGCAGGAUGUGGCGCCGCUGCAGACUCGGCCGCCCUACCGUCGACCUGUGAAACCGCAUCAGGUCUGCUUUGCUUGGGGUGGGCUCAUGUUGGGAUUCAGACGGGACGUUACCAAGGAACAGUGCCCACUGGAGGAAGAAACAGUCCAUUUCCUGUCCUCCAUAUUUGCCUCCACCGGGGAGAUGUUCGGCAUCACGAAGACUCUCCGCCCAUACGGCAGCAACACUCUGGAGCAUCUGCGAGUUGGCGCCUUCUCUUUCCCGUGGUGCACGUUCUCCAUGUGGGUGUUCGUGACCAGAAGCUGCCGGGGCAGCACAUGCGGGCUGUUUUACCACAUCGACUCUCGCAACGACUACGCCACGCCGACGCUGUUGCUCACGAAAUCAGGCCAGCUGCAUGUCCAAGUCCACGGAGGUCCGAAUGAAUCCACCGCCAUCUUGUCGCUCUUUAAAGUGCCGUUGAGGAAGUGGUGUCAGCUCGGUUUGACGUUGCAAGGCAGAAUAGUGACCGUCGCCAUGGUGUGCUUGGGUACGGAGCCCACACAAGUGGAGUCCACGGAAAACAGGUUGAGCCAUGACGUCACGAUGAUCGACACUGACGGCUACUUUGUGAUCGGGGGCGGGAGGUACAUAAAAGGCGUUGAAGGUUACUUUGGACCCUUGGUCUACUACCGAAACAGAGCGUCCCCUCAAAGCCUGUCAGAUGUUGCUAUUCCACAAGUCAUUAAGGAUGUCAACCUACCCGGGUGGCUGCAAGACUGCCAAGAUACGACUCUUAGUAUCCAGCAAAGUAUCAGUUUUUACUCUCUUCUGGCCCAACAAGGCAACAAAUCAGGCGCGGACGUUUUCCAUAAUGAGACACGUGAAGACUUGUUAAAGAAGUGUGAGCUGUGGGAGGAACCGAGUCCUCGAUAUGGUGCCAAAGUUGCCAAAUAUUUGGCUCUCAAACACGGAGGAAGAAGGCUCAGCGUUCAAGCCGUGGGCAGAGCGCUGUACUCGCUCGCGAUUCACAAACUCGACAUCGGCAACGACGUGAAAGUGCUCGGCGAGAUAUUACCGCUGUUGAUGGAAGCCGGAUGCUUAGGUGACACUCGAGCUCUGCACAUGUCCUCCAUCAUCUACAGCUCAGGCCUGGGGGUCGACAAAGAUCCCAGCAAGGCAUGGCUGCUGGCUCUACUGGCUGCCCAGAAAGAUGAUCGAUUAGCUCUCCUGCGACUGGGCCACCUGCACCACCAGGGCCUCCACGGGGUCCACGCUGACCCAGAUGUGGCCUACGCGUACUAUGCAAACAUCGCCAAACAGACCACAGUAGACCGUCAGAAUCCAUCGCCGGAGCAGGUGUAUGUGGAGGACAUUUACUUGCACAACGAGGAAGUCCUAAAUCUUCAAACCAAUGAAGACCAUCACAUCUUCCAGUGGCUGAAACAUCAGGCCGGUAGAGGUGCACCUGACGCAGAGCAAGCUAUUGCCCGCAUGCUGUUCUGGGGUCAGCAGGGAGUUUCUCCGAACAUCCAGGCGGCCCUGCGGCACUAUGAGAGGGGGGCGGUGCUGUUGGAGGACCCAGUAUCCAUGUAUGAUUUUGGCAUCGCGCUCCUGCAGGGACACGGGCUCCAAAAGGACAUUCCGAAAGCCAUCAUGUUUUUGAAAAAAGCCAUGGACAAGGGUUUCGUACCUGCAAUCAGCGCCCUGGCGUGGUACUACGAACAAUCCGAGCGUGACUACAACAAGGCGGUGCAGCUCUGGGAGAAAGCGGACCACCUCGGGAGCCCGGAUGCAGCCCUGAAUCUCGGUGUCGUGUACUCAGUCGGUCUUUAUCCAAGACGGGACCCCGACCAGUACACGGCCUAUAAGUACUACCUUAAGGCAGCAGAGCGAGGACACAUCAGGGGUGCAGUUGAGGUCGCCAACAUCUGGUCCACGGGGAUCCACGGACGUGUGACUCGGCGUCCGUCGGAUGCAGUCUUAUGGGCAAAAUGGGCAGCAGAGCACAACGGGUACCUGGGUCGCCUUUUGAGGCGGGCCCUGGACUGCUUCCUGAAGAGUGACAUGUUUGGUUCGUUGGUGUAUUACACGAUGGCCGCAGAGCUGGGCUACGCAGCAGCUCAGUUUAACGUGGCUUAUCUUUGUGAUCAAAUCAAGGGCGAUUUUCUGGAUCCCGUGUUUGCAUCGCAGUGCACGCGAAGAUAUUACAACCUAACCAUACAGAAUCAGAAGCAUGAUCCAUACGCGUUGAUCCGCAUGGGUGACAUGUGGUACGAGGGGCAAGUCGACGGGCAGAAAAGACUCCGGUACGCAGCAGAAAUGUACAAACUGGCAGCACUACGGAACGAGCCGCAGGGGUGGUACAACCUUGGGCUCCUUGUUGAAGAUGGUUACAGACUACCAUUGCCUCUGUUGUCUGAACUGGGCCUUUUGGAGUUGUAUUUGGCAGACGGCGAUACACUUCCAAGUGUUUUGUACCAAAGGUGUAGAGACUCUGAAAAUUCUGACUCCUACCUGCCUUGCAGCCUGGCUCUUUUUAAAGUGUAUCUACAAGACUUCCGAAAGGAAUUUAGCACUUUUAUUAAGUACGGCACCACCAUCGUUGCAGUCGGCGCUCCCGUUAUUAUCCUAAUGGUCCUGCGCUUCGUCAGAAGACAUGUUUUGUCUGUCGACUAGUACUCCAAAAUUCUACCAGUAUCGAUGAAGUCGAUGAAUCUUGCAUUGUGUGGAACUAAUUGAUUGGUACAGUAGUUUGAGUGUGAAAGUAAUGUAUUGAUUGAUAUCAUUGAUUUUUUUUAAUAAAUGCCAUGAGACAUGACUGUA